AACAGCCUGUCUCUGCAGCGCUACACAUCACAGUCCAGAAUGCCUUUACGGUGAACGCAAUGAUUUUUUAAUCGGAGAGAAUAAAUAACCGAUUUGCUCCGAACGCCUCAGCCGCACUGAGUCAUAGAUGCAUUGUGUUGAAUGUUUUAUUUUAUUUUUAUUUAUUUAUUUUUUUACUGCAAACAAGUGCCUGAACUAAUGAGUAUAUCAGUAACAUUUUUAUAAUAUGAACUUUUUGCCGAGUGGAAUAUGUUUUUAUCUGUCCGUGGCAAUUUGCUGGUACACAUCAAAGGUCGACGCAUCGUGGUGGUACAUGGGCACUCUUGGAUCUCAAGUGAUGUGCGACAACAUCCCCGGGUUGAUUAACAAACAACGCCAGUUGUGCCGCCAGCAUCCCAAGGUGAUGCAGGCAAUAGGCGCUGGAAUUAAAAACUGGAUUGGAGAAUGCCAGCACCAGUUCAGGAACCAUCGGUGGAAUUGCAAUACCAUGGCGAGCGAGCAUAAUCUUUUUGGGAGGCUUUUGCAUCGAAGCAGUCGUGAGGCCGCCUUUGUCUAUGCUAUUUCCUCAGCAGGUAUGGUCUACACCUUGACCAGGGCGUGCAGUCAGGGUGAAUUAGACACCUGCUCUUGCGACCCAGGAAAGAAGGGCUCGUCUCACGAUGCCAAGGGAGCUUUCGACUGGGGUGGGUGCAGUGAUCACAUUGACCAUGCAAUCAAGUUCACUCAGGUCUUCAUUGACGCCAAGGAGAGAAAGGAGAGAGAUGCCCGGGCACUCAUGAACUUGCACAACAACCGUGCAGGGAGGAAGGCAGUGAAGCGCUUUAUGAACCUAGAGUGUAAGUGUCAUGGUGUCAGCGGCUCAUGCAAUGUGCGUACCUGCUGGUUAGCCAUGGCUGACUUCAGGCAAACCAGUGACUACCUGCGCAAGAAGUACAACAAUGCCAUUCAGGUGGUGAUGAACCAGUAUGGAACAGGCUUCACCGGUGCCUACAGGAUGUUUAAGAGGCCUUCCAAAAAUGACCUAGUAUACUUUGAAGACUCACCUGACUAUUGUAUAUGGGACCAUGAGUCUGGCUCUGUGGGCACAGGUGGGCGAGUGUGCAACCGUACAUCUCGGGGGGUCGACAGCUGUGAGGUCAUGUGUUGUGGGCGGGGCUAUGACACAUCACGCGUGAGCCGCACCACCAAGUGCGAGUGCAAGUUCCACUGGUGUUGUGCUGUUCACUGCAGGGACUGCCACGAGGAGGUAGAUGUGCAUACCUGCAAAGCCCAGUCCUGACCCUACCACUCCUGCACUUGAGUCAGCUUCCAGACUAAAUAUCCUACCCUAAAUCUUUAAGCAUGGUGUACAGUGCUUUUUUUGUGACACAUUUAAGGUAGACAAGAUAUCGCAGCAUCGCAUACUCAAAUAACAGCACAAAUUUUGAUCUUUUAAAUCACUUUUGUAUCACAACUGAUUUUGAAGUCUUGAGUAAAUGUAUCAGGCAUCCUUUGUUUUACCAUCUUUACCUAUUGUUUUGCUUUUCUGACCAUAACACAAAUAUUUAUUAUUGCUUUGGAAUAUAAUAAUGUUUAUUUUAAAUGUAUUUCAUAUUUUUAAAUGUAAAUACAAACUCUAUGUAAUUUAAAGUAAAGCUUACAUGAUAUGUUGGAUUGCUGUCUAGAAUGUUUGUUGUCCUCUUUUGAAGUAAAGAACCAAGAUCUCAUAGACUGGUUAAUACAACAAAUGCAGUAGAGGUUGAAUUCUGACAUUAGUUAUGUUUGUUUUAGAUGUUAGACAUUAUGUUAAAUAAAUUAUUAUUAUUCAGGUGCCAAAUGUCAGUGAUCCAAUUAAUUCAUGAUUAGACUAAACAGCUACAUUUUUGGAAAAAUCAAUUUUUGUGUCUGUAGGAUAAUCUACAGACCCAGAUGAUAUUAGACACAUUUUAUUGUGCUAGAUUUGUAAAGGUGUAGGUUUGGAUAAGGGAUAAUAAAACAUUUAACCUUAAAAAUGAAUGAAGAUCAUGAAUAAGGAAUGACAGAGAGCUUUGAAUCUCUCAGUUUGAUUUUGGCAAAUAUUAAACACCUUUAGUGCUGACACCCUCUGGUCAUUUCAUAUAGGUGCACUCUCUCCAUCUUCAAUCUACAACCAUAAAUCACUUGUAAUUUGUAAAGAAUGACGGUCUUUUUGCACAAAUUUGUAAU